AUGAAAAACUUGAUCAUAUUUAUUUCACUUUUGGCACUGGGGUAUUGUGAUGAUGUGAUAGAUCUCUCAAAAUAUGAGAAAAUUUCAGAAAAUUUCACUUGUGGAACAUCAAAUACUUCAUCAGCCUCUUAUACAAUUGUGAACUAUUUUUCCUAAUUUUUAUAGAAAGAUUAAGCAAUCGUAUGCAUUGUAUUAGCAGAUUAGAAAUCUCCUAGAAAGGUAGUCUUUAACCCAAGAAUUGAUAAUUUUGAGUUACUCUAAGUUCAAGGAUUCUUUGAUGUUAGCGCAAAUUUGACCGAUGGAGAUUUCAGACUUUUUGCCAUGUCUAAUGGUAUCAAGAGUAGACCAAUUUUAUACAAGAGAAAUGAUAAAGUUGCUCAGAUAUUAAAUUUGAGGAUAUCAAUGGACGAUGGGUUUGUUGAAAAAAUAGAGUGGAUUAAUGUCUGUGACUCUCUGGCUUGUGAAGAGAAUGUUUGUAUAGAUACAGAGGAUAAUUGGAGGAAUGAAACUUUUAAGGAUAGUAAUUGUUUCCUUUAUGGAUGUACCAGUUCAGCGAACUCAGAUUGUGAUACCAAGAUUUACCUGACUUGGAUUGGAACAGACAGAGAGGGAAGAGUUUUUACAAGCGACAAUUAUAGAGUUUCAAAUUUCAUGGAUUACUCACUUAAUACAUUACUAAGCAGUGCCUAAGGAAUAGGUUCUGGAAUCUACAAAAAGUUCUAUGAUCCAAGCAACAACCCAACUAUCAGUGCCCAUCCAGCAAGAUUUUCUCCUGAUGAUCCAUUCUCUGAGCAAAGAAUGAAAUGCAAGGAAAGAUUUAACCUAUUAAUCACUCAAAAGCCUCCUAUUCAACUCUGA